UCUCUCUCUCUCUCUCUCUCUCAAAGCAUGGCGGCUGUGGUGGCGACACGGGCGUGUGAAACCGAGGGCUGCAGUAAAGAAGCCAAACUGCAGUGUCCCACCUGUAUUAAACUCGGGAUACAAGGAUCCUAUUUCUGCUCUCAGGAAUGUUUCAAAGGCAGCUGGGGUACCCAUAAACUACUCCACAAGAAAGCAAAGGAAGACAAAAAGGAUGAAGAGAAGAACUGUGUGGAGAAGGAGGUCAACACAGAUCCCUGGCCUGGAUACAAGUACUCUGGCAAGCUGAGACCUCACUAUCCUCUGACACCCAUGCGGCCUGUUCCAGGGCACAUUCAGAGGCCAGACUAUGCUGAUCAUCCACUGGGGAUGUCUGAGACGGAGCAGACGCUUAAAGGGACUUCUCAAAUUAAGAUCCUUACUCCUGAAGAGACCGAGGGCAUGAGAAUCGUCUGUAAGCUGGCACGAGAGGUUCUCGACAUUGCUGCCAUGAUGGUGAAACCUGGAGUGACAACAGAGGAGAUUGAUCAUGCUGUGCAUCUGGCAUGCACAGCACGGAACUGCUAUCCAUCACCUCUCAACUACUACAACUUUCCAAAGUCAUGCUGUACUUCAGUUAAUGAGGUCAUCUGCCAUGGAAUACCAGACCGCCGCACCCUACAAGAGGGGGACAUACUUAAUGUGGAUAUUACUGUUUUCCACAACGGUUACCAUGGAGAUCUGAAUGAGACGUUUUUUGUGGGUGAGGUGGAUGAAGGGGCAAAAAGGCUGGUGCAGACUACAUAUGAAUGCCUUAUGCAAGCUAUUGAUGCUGUGAAGCCUGGUGUACGUUAUCGGGAGCUGGGGAACAUCAUUCAGAAACAUGCACAGGCUAAUGGAUUUUCUGUGGUGCGAAGUUAUUGUGGUCAUGGCAUCCACAAACUCUUUCAUACAGCACCCAACGUGCCACAUUAUGCAAAGAAUAAAGCUGUUGGAGUGAUGAAACCUGGUCAUGUCUUCACGAUUGAACCCAUGAUCUGUGAAGGUGGUUGGCAGGAUGAGACGUGGCCAGAUGGUUGGACAGCUGUUACUCGAGAUGGGAAACGUUCUGCCCAGUUUGAGCACACGCUUCUGGUGACCGAAACAGGUUGUGAGAUUCUCACUCGUCGACUCGAUGAAAAUGGCCGUGCUCACUUCUUGUCACAGAUGUAGAGUGCUCGGGUGAGAACACAGGCCCUUCCCCCAGUGGAGGACACAUCCGCGCCGCCCCACCACUGAUCAGCCAGUCACACUGUGGUUCUCUGUUGGGCAGAAGAUUAUUGGCCAAGUGACCAUGGUAAUGGAGUGUCUGAUUGGGCAAGAAGUGGAGAUUUGUUUAUUUAUGAAUUUGUCAUCAGAACAGUCAGAGGAUUCAGCUUGGAUCUGAUCAGACUGGAAGGCACUGACCUUUGACCUUGCAAUGCCACCACCUUUUGCUUGUGUGUGUGUGUGUGUGUACAUAUGCACACACACUUUAUUGAAUGUUUGAGUUCAGGAUUGUGUGUAUGUGUCCAAGUAUGAAUGGUAAGCAUGUCAUGUGUUUCCAAAUGAUACCAAACAGACUAAUUAAUAAAAUCUUACUGGAUUUUUUUUUUCCUUUCUUUUCUGGUUUAUCCCAAACGUACUCCCUGGCCACAGCCUCCUGUUUACAAAAGAGAGUGCCUCAUGACAAACCAUGUUUGAUGAAGUUCUACCAGAGUGCAUCAGACCCUUCGGUUGUGACUUAUUAAAAAUAAAUAAAUAAAUAAAAAGAUGUAGUUCAUUUGUUGUUGGCUGAUGCAGUACAGAACUGUUCUGCAGGUUGAUCUAAGGUCUAACCUCUUGCUAGGUUUUUGGUCAUUGGUGCUUUGUGUAUGUCUGAAACCCAGUCAAACCCAUUUCAGUGAUCUGCAUUCAAACUGUAUUAAAGCAGAUUUUCCCUGUG